AUGCUGAAUUUAUCACCAACAUUAUCUGAAAGAAAAUCAUUAAAAGAAUUACCAGCGAAAGAUUGGAAUUACAGUAUUCAAUUGAGUCGUUUGUUUUUAAAAUCAAUCGGUGCUUGGCCACUAUCGUUGAACGUUACUUUUCUAGAAAAAAUGAUUUCCAUUAGUUUGACAACGAUCAGUAGCUGUUUAAUAGGAUUUUUAUUGAUACCAUGUGCACUGGUUACGUUUCUUGGUCGUGAGAGUGUUCUCAAUUCAAAAAUAAAGAUAAUAGGUCCCCUAAGUUUCUGCGUUAUGGCAGCUAUCAAAUAUUAUAUUUUAACGUCACGAGGAAUGGCCAUUGCAAAAUGCGUCAAACAUAUUCGUUCCGAUUGGGAACGCGCUGAAAAUUUACAAGACGAUCGUAAGAUCGUUAUUGAGAAUGCAGAAUUUGGUAGAUCGAUGGUCAUAUUCUGUGCAGUAUUCAUGUACGGCGGUGGAAUAUUUUUUUCCACCGUGAUGCCACUUUAUACUAAAAGAACUGAAAUAAUUGAUAAUCAAACAAUAAGAGUAUUAUCUUUCCCGAUUUAUCGGAAAUUAUUAGAUCCAAGAACUAGUCCUUACUUUGAGAUCGUCCAAUUUGUACAAUGUUUAGCUGGUUACGUUAUUUAUUCCGUUACUAUAUGUGCUUGCAGUUUGUUAUGCAUAUUUGUAACGCACGCUUGCGGACAAUACAAAGUUCUCAUGAGGAAAUUGGACGAUCUCGUUGACGGUGAGAAACAAAGUAAUCUUAAUUCUUCUGAUAAACGAUUGGGUGACAUCAUUGAACAUCAUUUGCGAAUACUCGAUUUUAUAGCACAAAUCGAAGCAUUGUUCAAUGAAAUUUGUUUCGUCGAAUUGGUGGGAUAUACGUUGAAUAUUUGCUUUUUGGGAUAUAAUAUGAUAAUGGAAUGGGAACAUAAAUUAACUGUUGGAAUGUUGACUUAUUGUUCAUUAUUGAUCUCAUUUACUUUUAACAUUUUCAUAUUGUGCUACAUCGGGGAAUUACUUGUUGAACAGUGUGAAAAUGUUGGUUUGACUUCCUACAUGAUAAAGUGGUAUCGUUUGCCAAAAAAAAAAGCCCUCGAUUUGACGCUUCUCAUAGCUAUGUCAAACGCCCCAUUAAAAUUAACCGCAGGAAAAUUAUUCGAAUUGUCGUUGGUCUGUUUUUGCAGCGUUAUCAAAUCGGCGACAGCUUAUUUAAAUAUGUUACGUACUUUCUCAUAUUAA